AUGUCUGACUCUACAUCUGGCAAGACUAAUGCUUGGACCGAGGAGGCUAAAAAUGAGCUCCUUCUACGAAUCAUCGCUCAGUUGAAGCCCGAGGGCAAGGGAAUCAACUGGAGCGAGAUCCACAUGGAAGGCCGUACUGUCAAGAGUCUUCAGAACCAGUGGACUGCCUUCAACAAAAAGAUGGAGGCCUACAAGCACGGCUCGACCGAUGGUAGCACCCCCUCUACUCCUAUGAAGAGAACUCCUGCCCGCAAGCGUACUCCCAAGGCGAAGAAGGCCGACUCCGAGGACGAGGAAGAGUAUGGCAGCCAGAAGAAGGUGACUCCUCGUAAGCGUCGUGCUACCAAAACCGAGACUCCCGAGAACGCAGCCAAAGCUGUCAAAAUGGAGCUCAGUGAUGCCAUCAUCAAGGAUGAGAUGGACGAGGUUGAGGAUGAGUAUGACCAGGGAGAGGCUUAA